GGCUGGUUGGUUACGGGAUUAAAUCUGGGGUCCUCAGGGUGCCUAUAGGGGACCCGGCACUUUCCUCUUUAAUCUUCCUGUUCAACCGUCCAACCAGUUGUCGUCGGUGGAUCCCCUCGUCCAGUGGUUCAGACUCCCUGGAGAGUACAGACAUAACGUUCAUUGAUACAAGGGAUUCAUGAUGUUGUCUAGACCUCAAAACACAACCAGCGAGCAACGGAACGGGGUUCCCAACGGGCCCGUCGAUAGUUCCCAGUCGUUUGGAGUGUUGCCCAACAAUUCCCACUACGCUCGGAACCCGACAUCGCCGAAUCCUACAUUGCAAGUUGUUGCAACACCCGGAUCAAUUUCUAACAGACCCGUUUCUGCACUAGUUUACACUUCACCAACUCACAACCCUUCCUCCAUACAGCCACCUAGUGGCUCUACACGCAAGAGGGCCUCCCACUCCGUUACAACAUCCUCCUCGCCACACCCUCAACCCAUUCCACAAUCUGUUCCGGGCCAUUAUCCUGACAUUUAUGCUCACCCUGCGGCCAUGGCCUAUCAGCAAUCGCAUCCACGACGGCAGAUACCUCGUUUUGGACCGUACCUUUUACUUCGCACACUAGGCGAAGGCGAGUUCGGGAAGGUGAAGCUUGGCUUGCAUUGCGACUGGGGAGAGGAAGUGGCCGUUAAAUUGAUACGUCGAGGCAGCGUGGACAACGCCCUUCGCAUGAGCAAGGUUGAUCGUGAGAUUGAUGUUUUGAAGGUAAUCCGACAUCCAAAUAUCGUACAUCUGUACGAUGUCAUCGAAACAGACAAAUACAUCGGAAUCGUGCUAGAAUAUGCCUCAGGGGGUGAACUCUUCGACCACAUUCUUGCCCAUCGAUAUCUCAAGGAGAAAGAUGCGAGCCGUCUCUUUGCCCAGCUAAUUUCAGGGGUUGCUUAUUGUCACGCCAAGAAAAUCGUUCACCGGGAUUUGAAGUUGGAGAAUCUUCUUCUCGACCGCAAUCGCAAUGUCAUCAUCACCGAUUUCGGUUUCGCUAAUCGUUUCGAGCACAAAGCAGAUGACCUCAUGCAGACAAGUUGCGGCAGUCCAUGUUACGCGGCGCCUGAGUUGGUUAUUUCCGAAGGCAUGUAUGUGGGAUCUGCUGUUGACAUCUGGUCAUGCGGUGUGAUCCUCUAUGCCAUGCUUGCGGGUUAUCUCCCGUACGACGAUGACCCCGCCAAUCCUGAUGGUGAUAAUAUCAAUCUGCUCUAUAAGUACAUAGUCAACACUCCUCUUACCUUCCCCGACUAUAUCUCCUCCGGCGCUCGAGAUUUGCUCGGUCUUAUGCUUGUUCCUGACCCAGCUAGGCGAAGUGACCUACAGACGAUAAUGGCACAUCCUUGGUUGGCUGCCCAUGCAUCCAUCUUCCAGCUCUCAGUCAAAGAGCUCGAGCAUCUGGCUUACGCUCAGCAAGCAGAAAAGAGGGCAUUGUAUCAGCAGCAGAUGAGAGAGCGGGCUGCACAGCGGCAGCAGUUACAGGAGGUCCCUCGCUCCGGUGGCCAGGCCGUGCUGCCUUCUGCAGCAUCUUCUCCAUCAAGGAGCAAAACUGUGCGAGACGGUCCAGCAACUCGUGGCGAAGCUCUCCAUGAACCCGCCGCGGUGGAGUCAACAUUAUACUCAUCCCCGCGGCGUGGUGUGGCUACUUCCCUCCAGAUCCCAAUAUCCCCCUCCAAAGGGGAGAGCGAUUUCCCUUAUAUCCCUGAUUACCACCAUGCAGAUUCUCCGAAUCAUAGAUCACGCAAGGAAUCCACACAUUCACGUUCGUCGAAACGACCGGUUGGGUCCCCUACCUCCCCCAGAGUCCCGCAUACUCCAAAUUCUGCGGAAAAGAAACGCAAGACCGGAGCGAAUAGGCACACUGUGCAGGUGGAGUACGAUGGAGGGCAGGCGGAUGAUCUCAGCACUCCAACCAACCCUGCUGGUCAGCAGCAGAUAUUCAUCAUGCCAUCCCUACCUUUCCCAACUUCAGAGGGCGCACGUCAGCCCGAGCAGGAAUUCCCCGUAGAUGCUCGACCGGUGAACGAAGAGUUUGGUGAGAUACCAGAUAUAGACACUGACGUUCCGUUACGCGAGGCCGUCAAGAACGAGCUGACCUCGCCUCGCACCCCGAAAGGGAAGGAACUGGACGCCAAAAUCAAGGAAUUGCCUCCAGUCCCUACCACCAGUCCUCGGAAGGCUGCAUCAGAAGCUUCUAAACCUGUCGGCACAGCCGUGACAGAAUCAGCCUCGGCUGAUCAAGCUACAACACGCUCUAGUCAGGGAUCAGCUAACGCUUCAAGCACUCCCACAACGCCCACACACCAGCUUGCCGAGGGGACUAUGGUGCAGUCAUCUGCUGUAUCCCAGCAUACUAGUGACUUCCCCGCAGAAAACGCGAGCAAGGCAUCCAGCGCCCCAAGCAAUGUCUCCCCACAUGGGACCGCCCGUCAUAGACGUGGUCUAUCAAUGGACAAAUUCAACCUUGCCAAACUGCUCUCAUCCAACCCAAGCCUUCAGCUUGGGGACAGUUCUCCCACUAGCACAACACCCACGUCCUCCCGUGACCCUGGUCAUGCUCUUCCACCCCCCAGUCGGUCUGAAUCCAAGCCGCCUGUUUCCGGAACGAAGUCUAAAGCCCGUAAUCUUCGCAAUCGGAUUAGUGCAACUCUAUCAAGGAAGCCAUCUGCCGACAGAGCAUCGGUCAGCAGUGAAAAGAGUCAAACAGUCCCUGAUAAAAAGUCAAGGAGGAUGACACUGAGUGCAAUGAUGGAGCCUAUUAGCAAGUUCUCCGCCAGGCGCGCCAGCUCCCGCGGCCCUCCCGCAGAGCGGGGUGGAGAGAAAACCCCUGCUGCAACUGUUCCCCCCACUCCAUUCCCCCAGUCAACGGUACCGGGGAAGCCGGCCACCAAGAAUGACCCUGAAAUUGUCAAUCCUGACUUUUUCAGUCCUCUCCUUACGAAUAAUAGGAAUACCUUCAGUGCUUCUACAAGCAAGGCGAAGAAAGUCAUGGAUUGGUUCCGGAAAAAGAGUCUUGCAAAGAGCGAUGAAGCCAUUCCGCAAAACGAGAAAGGAUCUAACGUGGCCCAUACUCCCCACAGUGCUCCCAUCAUUCCAGCCCCGAAUGUUGUCGUGACUGGUACGAGCGCAAAUGGUGAAAGGUUUGACCCCCACACUCAGUUCAAUCGAGAAGGUUGCAGCCCCUCUACCUGCUGCCGAGAAAGUGGCCCUUAAGAUUCACAAUGGUGCCGUUGAUCGCAGCAUGGUUACCACCGGGUCUCCGCAGCAAGUGUUUACAAAUGUCACUGAAGUUCUUCAUGGUAUGGGUAUUAAAAUAGCUCAAGAUGGCGCGUUUUCGUACCGGUGUGUGAGGCCCAAGCGGAAGAAGAACGGUGGUGUACCUGUUUCUGGCCUCGCAGCAUUCCAGAUGAGUGGGAUGGCAGGUUCACAUGGGACUGAUCGCCGAGGCCUUCCGUUGCCUUCUGCUCAAUCUCUAUCUGCAACCAGUGGGAUGCUCAAGGGGUUCCUUCGAAGGGGCUCUUCCCAAGUCGCUCCAUCAUCUCACCGCCCUGGUCCACCUGGCCA